AUGCAGCGCGUAGCUAGAAGACCAAAACUCUCUAAGUGUACCAUGGGAAGUGCCCAGCGCGUAGCUAGAAGACCAAAACUCUCUAAGUGUACCAUGGGAAGUGCCCAGCGCGUAGCUAGAAGACCAAAACUCUCUAAGUGUACCAUGGGAAGUGCCCAGCGCGUAGCUAGAAGACCAAAACUCUAUAAGUGUACCAUGGGAAUUGCCCAGCGCGUAGCUAGAAGACCAAAACUCUAUAAGUGUACCAUGGGAAGUGCCCAGCGCGUAGCUAGAAGACCAAAACUCUCUAAGUGUACCAUGGGAAGUGCCCAGCGCGUAGCUAGAAGACCAAAACUCUCUAAGUGUACCAUGGGAAAUGCCCAGCGCGUAGCUAGAAGACCAAAACUCUCUAAGUGUACCAUGGGAAGUGCCCAGCGCGUAGCUAGAAGACCAAAACUCUCUAAGUGUACCAUGGGAAGUGCCCAGCGCGUAGCUAGAAGACCAAAACUCUAUAAGUGUACCAUGGGAAGUGCCCAGCGCGUAGCUAGAAGACCAAAACUCUCUAAGUGUACCAUGGGAAGUGCCCAGCGCGUAGCUAGAAGACCAAAACUCUCUAAGUGUACCAUGGGAAAUUUCCAGCGCGUAGCUAGAAGACCAAAACUCUAUGUGUACCAUGGGAAAUGCCCAGCGCGUAGCUAG